AUGUUUUUAUUUGUUUGCCCUUGUCAAAUCCAGCGGAAGCGUAUCUUUAUAAGGAAGAUCGUAUACCAUCAAUUUAUAACACUCUCUCUCUCUCUCUCUCUCUCUCUCUCUCUCUCUCUCUCUCUCUCUCUCUAUCGCUCUUUCUCUCUUUCUCUCUCUUUCGCUCUUUCUCACUCUUUCUCUCUCGCGCGCUCUUUCCCUCUCCCUUGCUCUUUCUCUCUCGCUCUUUUUCUCUCUUUAUCUCUCUCGCGCAAUCUCUCUCUCUUCAUGACUCUUUCUCAUUCUUUCUCUCUUUUCUCUUUUCUUCUCUCUAUCUCUUUCUCCUCUUUCCUCUUUCUCCUCUUUCUCGCUAUUUCUCUCUUCUCUCUCUUUCUCUCUCUUUCUCUCUCUUUCCCCCACUCUUUCCUCUCUUUCUCUCUCUCGCGCUCGUUCUCGCCCUUUUCUCUGUUACUCUCGCCGCUCUUUCUCUUUCUUUCUUUCUUUCUUUCUUUCUCUCUCUCUCUCUCACUCUCUCUCUCUCUCUCUCUUUUACUUUCUAUCUAUCUAUUUCAUUAUGUUCAUAUCUAUCUAUCUAUCUAUCUAUCUAUUUCAAUAUGUUCAUAUCUAUCUAUCUAUCUAUCUAUUUCAAUAUGUUCGUAUCUGUCUAUUUCAAUAUGUUCAUAUCUAUCUGUCUAUCUAGCUAUCUAUCUAUUUCAAUAUGUUCGUAUCUAUCUAUCUAUCUAUUUCAAUAUAUUCAUAUCUAUCUAUCUAUCAAUCUAUCUAUCUAUCUAUCUAUCUAUUUCAAUAUGUUCAUAUCUAUCUAUCUAUUUCAAUAUGUUCAUAUCUAUCUAUUUAUCAAUAUAUUUCAAUAUGUUCAAAUCUAUCUAUCUAUCAAUCUAUCUAUCUUUCUAUCUAUUUCAAUAUGUUCAUAUUAUCUAUCUAUCUAUCUAUCUAUCUAUCUAUCUAUCUAUCUCACUCUGUUCAUAUCUAUCUAUCUAUCUAUCUAUCUAUCUAUCUAUCUAUCUAUCUAUAACCUUUUCUGGCCAUGUUUAUGAGGUGGUACUUUUUUUUUACAUAAUUUCUUUGAUUCUUUUUGUCUUUUCUUUUUCUUUCUGUUCUUAUCUUCUUUUUUUCUUCUUUUCGGCGAGCUUUUCUAUGAUUGAAUUUUACCUCUCUUUCUUAUUGCCUUUCUUCGUUACUUUACACAUUUCUUUUUCUUCCAUCUUUCUUUUUCUCAUUUUCCUCUUAUUUCUUCCAUCCAUCUCCUCUUCUCUUCCGUAG